AUGCCAGAACCAUCAGCACUCACCGUCAGGCAACAACAGCAGCCAUGGGACGAGUCCCCUUGGUCUUCACCAAGGACCCAGUCCCCCACGGGGCUCCACUACUACACCUCCAAGCCCAUCCCAGAACCAUUUGUGAGAAUGGGAUGGCAACCAAAGACCAGAGUUCCUCGUCAAUAUAACUGUCGUGAGAUCAUCAAACCAAGUCGGAGCAACAAACUUGCGACCCCAUCAAUAUGGGUGCACACCCCCCGUUGCCGUUGCACCCAAGACGAGGUCGAGCGCGAGCGUCAGGAUGAGGCCCUCGCCAACACCAUCACCACACUCUCGACCACGUAUCGGGCUCGUCUCAAGCUUGAAGCAGAGGUAUCCAUCUCCACGGUCUCAACCAAGGCCAAGAAGCCAUCCCACAAGCGUUCCCGGUCAUCCAUUCUUCUCACCCGCCUCCUCUCCUCUCUAACUCCAUCCAACCUCGGUGGGAAACAGGCCCACCAUCCCAACAUCAUCUCCGUCCAACACCUCGCCGACCUCUGCAACGGCUGCUCCGAGCUCGACGCUCCCAGGGUGUUCACCUACCUCCACGGCCACAAAAUCCCCAUCAACAGCCCCAACCACCUCGGCUUCACCCCCCUGAUCUGCGCCCUCCGCUCCCCAUUAGCAAAGACCCGGCCAAAAGCCCACCUAGCCUUUGUCAAGUUCCUCCUCGAAAGCGGCGCCAACCCUAACCUCCCCUCCACCGGGCCGUCAGAUCCCUCCACCCCGCUAAGCGUAGCUUGCUCUCUCAACUCCCUAUCACCUGAGCAAACCGAGGCCAUCCUCAAGCUCCUCCUCGACAAGGGAGCAGCCGCUGACCUACCCAUCCCAUCACCCCUAGGGGGGACAUCCACCGGGAAAACAACCAGACAGACAGCUCUUCACAUCGCCACAUUGUGCUCCAACCCAACUGCCCUGUCAUUUCUGCUGGGCUACGGCAACGCAAAUCCCAACCCUUUGUCGACGGGCAAGAACGGUCCGUCAGUCAGCCCGCUACACUGGGCUGCCCACACUGACACCGCCUGCGCGACUGUGUUGCUCGAGUAUGGCGCUGAUCCGCUGGCGAGGGAUCGGCAAGGCAAGACGCCGCUUCAUUGGGCGGCCGAGUACGGGUAUGAUGUUGGCUUGAUGGAGUUGCUGAUGGGGUAUAUGAAGGAGGGGGAGAAGGCGGAGGUGGUGGGGGAUGUGCUGGGGAGGGUGGUGAAACACUUGGAGAACGGGCAUGGGAGGAGGGGGCAUGUAGCUGUAGUUGGGGCGUGCUUAGGCAGGCGGGUUUGA